AGCCAAGAUGGCAAGUACCGGAACUCAGUUUAUGAUAUUUCUUGGGAAAAAUGUAUUGUCUCGUAAUUCACAUACGGUUUUACGUUACCCGCGAUAUAAUUUGACCACCAAAUAUCGAGAAUAUAAUAUUAGUACUUCUGAGUCACAUACUGAAGCUGAUCCUGCCCCUUUAUUUUUUAAUGAAAAGGUGCAAAUACUUCUUAAAGAGUUGACAGGAAUAAACCAUGAGAAGGUUUAUCGAAAUCGAAAACUAGGUGAUAGACUGACAACUCCUAAUGUUAAAUUUAUGACAAAUGAUGAGCUAGCAGAAGCACGUGCUUAUGCUGAAAGUAGAGGAGCCCGUUCGUUACAGAUGCCUCCUGUCGUAAAACAAAGAAAAGAAAUUAAUAAGAUUCUUUGUAAAGAUGUGGCAUUGCAAGGACAUGAUACAGCAAAGUAUGUUUUUACAGAUAUUACAUUUGGAAUAAAAAAUUCUGAUAGACUAAUUGUGAUCAGAGAAACUGACGGUACCUUAAGAUAUGCAAAAUGGGAUGAACGAAGUCGGGUUAAUCAAGUGUACUUUCCUAUAAAAGGAAAAGAAUUUAGAAUGCCAAAAAUGUUUCAACAGGAACACUUGGAGCCUGUUUUACUUCGUAAGGAUUAUGAGUUUAUCCUUGAUCGAGCUUGCAUGCAGCUUGACCCAGAUGACCCUGAAUACCAUAAGAUCACUACUAUAGUUUACGAUCGUAUAAGCAAUGAAAAGGACUAUGACCUUUUAAGGUCCACAAGACAUUAUGGACCCUUGAUCUUUUAUCUAGUCUGGAACAAAAAAAUCUCUGAAUUACUUCUUGAAAAUAUAACUACAGAGAGAAUACAGGAUGCAGUUAAGUUAAUUCAGUUAUAUCAUGUAAUUCAUCCCAAUGAGGAAACUGCUAAAUUAAAAUAUGCUGGUAAUGAUUUAAAAUAUUUGGAAGAAUACACAAAGUUGGUGUCAUCGAAUCAAGGAAAACUUGUUGCAGCUAUUAAUACAUUUAAAGAAGUUCAAAACCAAAGACAAAAAAUUCUUCAGGAAGUAAGAAAAAAUCAGGUUGAAAAUAAAGUGUAGAUGUAUUUACGAAAAUAAAUGGUUCCUAUAAAAAGAAA